UGCCCGGCCCGCGACGUCCCGCGCGGUGACCGCGGCCAUCGCUGCACGCGGCCCCGAGGCGGCGCGGGGAGCAGCCCGGGUCGGGCGCGGGAGGAGGGCGGGGCCGGCGCAGGCCACGCCCGCUGCCCUCGGCGCCCGCUGCCCUCGGCGCCGGCUGCGCGUUCCGGCAGAAGGCGCGUUGCUGCAGACCUCCCGCGCCGCAGUGUGGAAGAAAAACGCUCUCACGCUGGACGCGAGCUGUUCGUGCAAACCAAGGCCAGGAGCCCCCGGCUAUGGUACAGGAGGUUCCCCUGGAAGUGUCAGCAUGCUCUUAUGGUGGGUGAAGCCUCGGGUUGGAAGGACAUUCAGGAUCCUUUGCUGAAGAACUUGAGGUCCCAGGUGCACACACCUUCAGGAAGUCUCCGGAAGAUGGCGGCUCUAGGAGCUGUUGAGGAAGUUCUUCCUGUCCCAUCUCCCAUCAGUCUGUCAUCAUCAGGGACACCUGGAGCCCGGCACCACACAGCACAGCUUCACCUCCACAGUCGUCUACACGGCUCUCCCAGCUCCAACCCUGAGGUGCUCUCCCAGCCAUCAGAACUGGAUCUCCAAGACCUAGAGGAAGUGGAGGUCGGCAGAGACACCUGGCUUGACUCAGAGGCAGAGCCUGGGCAGGCUCCAUCAUCUCCCCACCAGCAUGUUUCUGAAGACAGGGUGGACUCAGAGAGAGGGGCACUGAGGGGCCUCCUGAGGAACUUUCCCCAUAGGCCCAAGUGUGGGGACAGCUUUGGGCAGGAGUCCAGCCUGGAGCGGCCAGCAGACCAGCCUCCAGGGCCCAUGCCCUGCACCCUGAGGAGGAGUGCCUGGUGCCUGGCACUCCUGCCGCAGGGAGCUUCAGAGACCGAGGGCAGCCCUGAACAGGCUCCAGAGCUGGGGUGCAGCUUGGGUCCCAGUCCACCACAGGCCAGUGCACGCGGCACCAAGCCGCACCGCUGCGAAGCCUGUGGCAAGAGCUUCAAGUACAACUCGCUGCUGCUGAAGCACCAGCGCAUCCACACAGGUGAGAAGCCCUAUGCCUGCCACGAGUGCGGCAAGCGCUUCCGUGGCUGGUCUGGCUUCAUCCAGCACCACCGCAUCCACACCGGGGAGAAGCCCUAUGAGUGUGGCCAGUGCGGCCGCGCCUUCAGCCACAGCUCACACUUUACGCAGCACUUGCGCAUCCACAAYGGCGAGAAGCCCUACAAGUGCCGCGAGUGUGGCCAGGCCUUCAGCCAGAGCUCCAACCUGGUGCGCCACCAGCGGCUGCACACGGGCGAGAGGCCCUACGCCUGCAGCCAGUGUGGCAAGGCCUUCAUCUGGAGCUCCGUGCUCAUUGAGCACCAGCGCAUCCACACGGGCGAGAAGCCCUACGAGUGCGCCGACUGCGGCAAGGCCUUCCGCGGCCGCUCGCACUUCUUCAGGCACCUACGGACCCACACCGGCGAGAAGCCUUUUGCAUGUGGUGCCUGCGGCAAGGCCUUCGGCCAGAGCUCCCAGCUCAUCCAGCACCAGAGGGUGCACUACCGCGAGUAGCCAAGCCUGGCCUGCAAUAAAUCCUGUGUGUGGAAACAGGAGCUGGCUUCUGCUGGGCGAGGUGGGCUGCUUCCCAACCUGAGGGCCACCACAGGGGGAGGGCCUGAGGCCAGGAGCUGACCUGACCCUUCCAGAGCCUUGCCAUGGAGCCGUCAGACCUGCCCAGCACCGGGUGGGACCAGUGGGAGCAGGCGGGCGGACGGGGGGCUGCCUUCCAGGCUCCUGCCUUCCUCCAGCAGCCUGUGGCUGCCCAGGCUUCCUGUCGACCCUGGGCAUAGGGUCUGCAGCAGCUGGGUCUCCUCAUGGCGUGUUCUCCCUGCACAGCCCUCAGACCUGCUCGUUGUCUCCUCCUGGCUCUUCCAUUGAGGGCUUGCAAGGUCAGCAGGCUUCCACRAGAGGACCUCCCCGACCUGUGUUCUCCCUGUCUGGCCUCCCAUGCUCCUGCUCUGAGAAGGUGGGGACCUUGAGUCGUCGGGGCUGGACAGGUGUGCAGAGGGGUCAGGCUUUUGUCUUCUGAAGAUCUUCCCAGAGAGUCCUGUGGAGGGAAGGGCAGAGCCCGGUGGAGAGGGCAGGCUCCAAGCAGCCAGGGUUCCGGGCACCUUUCCCGCCCAGCUGUUCCCUCCAGAGCAGCUGAGGGACAGCAGACUCCUCCAAGAUGGCAGUGCCCAAGUGUGACCUCCCUGGCCCUCCCCACUGCUGGGCUUGCCAAGGGUUCCUGCUGGCAGGUCCCCGUGGUGGCUGGGAGGCACUGCCCUGCUGCACUGGUGGUGUGCUUUGUGGCUGUCAUCAGCCCUUGGCCAGCCUGUUUCCCAGGGGACACAUGGCUUCCUGCAUGUCACAAGCAGUGACCAACCUCAAGUCUCCUGAUGGGUCACCACAGCCCUCUGCAGCCCCUUGAGGAAGGCACCUGUGGCCACCAAGUGCUGUUUACCCCCACCCUGUGUCCCCAUGCCAACUGAGAGCCAAUCAAGAGGUGAGAGCUAGAGGUUAGGCUGUUGCCUGCCUCCCCCGCCCCUCGGGGAUAUGUGGGCAGCKCGAGACUCUGCAGGCAGCCCAGCAGCCUCAUCACCAAGGAGGGGCUCCAUUGGCAGCAGUGGAACCCAGCAGCAUCUAGGGGAGGUCCUAUGGUGCUCCAGGGCUCCCAGCCUCCUGGAAGUGGCCUUCAGGCACUGUGUGGGGCAGGGCCAGGUGCCCCAGAACUAGCUGUGGGUGCUAGUGGCUGGCAGGGCAGCUCUUCUGUGCUGGGUCUAAACCCUUGCUGAGGCAAAGUCACCGUUGUCCCUUGCUGGGCAGGACCACCAAGAUGAGCUGAAGUGGAAUUUGCAUCUCCCGUGGUACACUUUUUCCUCCAAGCCCUGGCAGUCAGCAGAUUCCCAGAUGUUCCACCUGAUCUCCACCCAAUGUUUCCAGGAAAUUCAGAGUGGACGGGGUCAGGCAUGGCUCCUCAGGACCGUUCUACUUACCCUUGCCCAUCCCCAUCAGCAUUCACUUGGUUGGGGCACUUCUCUUAUCUCCUGUGCCCCAGAGGGACCUGGGCACCAUCUCCCCUCAGUUAUUCCUGCCCUGCAGGAGGUAUCUUGUCUGGGCCAGCCUGUGAAGGGCUCCUGCAGUGGCUGUUUCCAAACUGCAGAAGUGACCAUUUCUGUGAGCACAGCGUCUGCAUUUGGUCCCAGAGAAAGGGACCCUAGAGGGACACUUGAGCCAUCAGGUCCUGGAGCUGCCAGAAAGGAUUUUGUGAGGCAGUUUCCAGGGAUUGCAGGCAAGGGGAGGGAGGGCUGUGAGCUGAUGAAUCCUAGAUGGAACCACUUGGUUUUAGAGUAUGAGGAUCUGCUCCAGGGUGCCGUGAGACAAGARGCAGAUAUAUCCAGGGUCACGCUGCAUUUUAUUGUGGAACUUGCUGACAAAAGCGAAGUUGUGAUAAGAUCAAUAGCAUUCUCAAAAUUUGGAUCAGAAAGGGGCAUAUAUAUGAAUCAGGACCAAAGUAACCUCAUCCUGGCUAAAUUGUACCUGGUUUAUCUUAAUAUGAAAGAGUGGGUACAUCCCUGGAGUCUGGGUCUAACCUUGUGCAUUGUUUGCUAGUUGGUGAGUGCAAAACCAGUAAGCACCACCAGGAGGAAGAGUAGAGAGGCAUAUUACUUGAAGUCAGGAGAACACUGGAGAUAAUUCUCAAAGCAGUGUGUCCCCCCCAAAAAACAAAGCAAUGGACUUUUAUUGGGGAAAUGAGCAUAUUUCCCUAGGAGACUCAUCACUUGUAGAGGUGGGCACACUGCUGGGAAUGCUCAGUUUGAGGUCACAGCACAGCCUUAAAAAAAAAAAAAAAAAAACCAGCUGGCGAUGCCUCUGGGCAGAGAAUUCAGUAUCACAACGAGCAAAGUUCACUCCAGGUCACCUAGACUCCGUGAUCAGCAGCUUGCACUGGUUCCUUGUAAGUUGCUCUGGAGAGUUUGGUCUGAAACAAAACACYUCUGAUGGAGCAUUAAGUCACUUAAGGAGCGGCUUCUCCCUUCCUCCAGGAAGCCUAGGUGUUUGUCCCUAAGUGUACCAGCCCAGCGCUAACAGUAUGAUUCUGUGGUUUGUCUAUUACAGUUUGCUGGGGAACUAUGCAGGAAAAACCAGUUAGGGUUACUCGGGGGCAAUUGUGGGGGUAGACUCAAGAUGGCUGUAGUCAAGCUGAAUCUACCCAGGCUGCACG